GCCAUGUCUGGUCGGGGUAAAGGCGGGAAGGGCCUGGGCAAGGGCGGCGCCAAGCGCCACCGCAAGGUCCUGCGCGACAACAUCCAGGGCAUCACCAAGCCCGCCAUCCGCCGCCUGGCCCGGCGUGGCGGCGUCAAGCGCAUCUCCGGCCUCAUCUACGAGGAGACCCGCGGGGUGCUGAAGGUGUUCCUGGAGAACGUGAUCCGCGACGCCGUCACCUACACGGAGCACGCCAAGCGCAAGACCGUCACCGCCAUGGACGUGGUCUACGCGCUCAAGCGCCAGGGACGCACGCUCUACGGCUUCGGCGGCUGAGCUGCCCGGCUCCUUUCUC